AUGGAAGAAAUGGAUAAGAAGAAGAUGGCUAGAAGAGCACACUGUGUGGUCCUGGCAUAUCCACUUCAAGGCCACAUAAAUCCCAUGCUUCAGUUCUCCAAACUGUUGGAACAUCAAGGGGUGAGAGUAACACUUGUCACAACCCGUUUCUACUACAACAACUUGAAAAGAAUCCCUCCUUCUAUUGCACUUGAAACCAUAUCCGAUGGUUUUGACCAAGGAGGACCAACACAUGAUGCUGAGGGGCACAAGGCCUACAUAGUUCGCUCUCGUGAAGUCGGGUCAGCAUCUUUGGCUGAGCUUCUUGAGAAACUUGGUAGAUCAAAAGAUGACCAUGUUGGUUGUGUUGUCUAUGAUGCAUUCUUCCCUUGGGCACAAGAUGUUGCCAAGAGAUUUGGGAUAGUUGGAGCCGUUUUUCUCACUCAAAAUAUGACUGUGAACAGCAUAUAUUAUCAUGUUCACUUGGGAAAGCUACGAGUUCCCCUCACAGAAAUUGAGUUUUCCCUUCCUGCUAUGCCCAAACUUCAGCUUCAGGACAUGCCCUCUUUUCUCCUGACAUAUGUAGAACAUCCAUAUUAUCUUGAUUUCUUUGUGAAUCAAUUCUCCAAUAUUGACAAAGCUGAUUGGGUUCUGUGCAACACAUUCUAUGAGCUUGACAAAGAGGUAGCAGAUUGGAUCACUAAGAUUUGGCCAAAAUUUAGGAACAUUGGACCAAACAUACCAUCUAUGUUCUUGGACAAGCACUACAAGGAUGACCAAGAUUAUGGUGUUGAACAAUUUGAAGAUGAAGAAUGCUUAGAAUGGCUUGAAGGUAAGCCAAAAGAGUCUGUUGUUUAUGUAUCAUUUGGUAGUCUAGCUGAGCUUGGUGGAGAGCAAAUGGAGGAAGUAGCUUAUGGUCUGAAGGAGUGUUCCAGGUACUUCUUGUGGGUGGUGAGAGCCUCUGAAGAGACAAAGCUCCCCAAGGAUUUUGAAAAGAAAUCAGAGAAGGGUUUGGUAGUGACAUGGUGCUCCCAAUUAAGAGUUUUAGCUCAUGAGGCUAUAGGAUGCUUUGUGACACAUUGUGGUUGGAACUCCACAUUAGAAACUUUGUGCUUAGGAGUCCCAACAAUAGCAAUACCUCAUUGGUCUGAUCAAACCACAAACGCAAAGCUUAUGGCAGAUGUUUGGAAAAUUGGAAUUAGAGCUCCUGUUGAUGAGAAUAAGAUUGUGCAACGAGAAACACUAAAGCAUUGUAUAAGGGAAGUUAUGGAGAAUGAAGAAGGCAAAGUCCUAAAGAAUAAUGUCAUUCGGUGGAAGACUUUGGCUUUAAGGGCUGUUGCUGAAGGUGGAAACUCUUACAAAAAUAUUGUACAAUUUGCAGAGAGUUUUCUUCAAUAG